AUGGGAAUUAUUGUGAUACUAUUUUCAGUGAUUCUAUUAAUUGUGACUGCAAUUUAUUUGUACUUUAAGAAAAGUUAUUCAUAUUUCGAGAAAGAAGGUGUUCCUUUUAUAAAACCAACUUUUCCAUUUGGCAAUUUUCAAGGAAUUGGUUCAAAGUAUCAUUUUGCUACUAUUUUAAGAAAAAUUUAUGAUGAGGCUAAAGGAAAAAGCAAAGUUGUUGGGUUUUUUAACUUUAUAGAACCUGGCUACUUUAUAACUGAUAUUGAGCUUGUAAAGUUAAUAACUGUGAAGAAUUUUAAUAGCUUUGUUAAUCGAGGAAUGUUUGUAAAUGAAGAGAACGAACCGCUAACAGCUCAUUUAGUAAAUAUUGAAGAUGAUCGUUGGAGAUUCAUGCGUAAUAAGUUGAGUCCGGUAUUUACGUCUGGAAAACUUCGUUCAAUGUACGCAAUAAUUAAUGGACUUAGUGAGAAUUUAAUUAAAGCUACUGAAAAGCAGUCCAAAAAUUCAAUUGAAGUCAAAAAUUUAAUGACUAAAUUUACUGUCGAUGUUGUAAGUUCUACAAGCUUUGGAAUGAAUGCAAAUUGCUUAAAUGAUGAAAAUAAAGAAUUGCAUGAAAUCUCGAGAGAAAUUUUUGGUGCUGAAGGUGCAAGUCCAAUGAAACUGUUCUUCUUAUUUGCAUUUCCUGAAUUAUCAAAGUUCUUAAAGCUUCGACAAUUCAGUAAGAGAGUCACAAAUUUCUUUAUCAAUGUUAUCAGUGAAAAUAUUAAGUACCGUGAAGAUAAUAAUGACAAUCGGAGUGACUUUCUAAACAUGUUGAUCCAAUUGAAGAACAAAGGAUCAAUUGACGGUGAAUUUUCGACAGAAACUAAGAAAUUGACACUUAAUGAGAUCCUAGCUCAAGCUUUCUUGUUUUUCUUUGCUGGAACUGAUACGUCAAGCACUACCGCGUCUUACGGUCUUACAGAGCUUGCAUUCCAUCAGGAUGUUCAAGAUAAAUUGAGACAAGAAAUUUUAGCAAUGACAAAAGACACAAAUGGGGAAAUUUCUUAUGAGACAUUACAUGAAAUGACUUACUUGAACCAAGUUGUUAAUGAAACACUCAGAAUGCACACACCCGGCUUUGCAAAUUUACGUAAAGCUAAUGAAGAUUUUAAGGUACCUGGCACAAAUAUCACAAUUAAAAAGGGUUACAAAGUUUGGAUUCCAACUUUAGCUUUUCAUUUUGAAGAAAAGUAUUGGAAGAAUCCAUCAAAGUUUGAUCCAGAUAGAUUUACACCAGAAGAAAUAGCCAAAAGGCCUCCAAUGUCAUAUUUCCCAUUCGGAGAAGGACCUAGAAAUUGUAAAUAUUUUUAUUUAAUAUCCAUUUAUUCAGAAUAG